UGUGAAUGUGAAGUCCCGCUGAUGGUUUUGUCACAUUUUCUCACCGUCUGAAGCUGCGGGGCGUUCGGCUAAGCGCUGAAAACAUCCACAAAACCCACCUUCAACACGUUAAAAACCGUUCACUCCGCCGGUGGAGGAGCAGGGAGCGCCUCGGAUAUUCACUUCAGCGGUUUUUAAUUCCUCCGAGUGCUUCCCCCUUUUUCGCUGGCUGGAAAACGGACAGAGAAAAAAGAGAAGCCUCCCUUUCCCCGUCCCCCACGUGAAGGAAAUGCCCAUCGCAGCCACCGGUCAGCCGGCGACUCCAGAGCCUCGCGUCUGCUUGCAGCUGCCCAGCGGCGCCGAACCCGUGCCCAAGAGGGCUGGCCUGUGUGAGGACGCCGGGGCUGAGGUGCUGGGGCACAGCGGCGCACCCCUGGAGCCGGGCAGGGCGACGCUCGGAGCUUCGGCGGCAGCGGCAGACACGUCACACUCCCCUCUGGCUCCCUCGCCGCUGGCCUCGCCUGUUCACAGCCUCCCGGAGCCUCCCAGAACUCGCUCGCGGUCGCGCUCCGGAUUCUACGGAUCUAACGGAGCGGUGGGAGUGACCCAGCAACUGCAGCAGCACGGACACACAGAAAACCUGAGGCCUCCCGGGAGCAUCCUUUCUCCAGGCGGCCACAGGCACUCCGGCCCUGGAGCUCACCGGAACUCCGGAGCAGGAGCAAUGGGAGGAGUGUAUCACUAUCAUUCGGAGCCGGCCUGUGCAGAUGCCACUGAUAAGACGGAGGACUCCCCAAGUCCAAAGCGUCAGCGUCUUUCCCAGCAGUCUGUGUUGGAGCUCACCUCGGCCCCGCCCUCCACUCCCUCUCCUCCAAUCAGACCGUGGGAGCUGCCUCCGAGCCGGAGGCCACACCCAUACCCCCACACGCCCUACCACCCAGAGCGCUGUCACACGCCUGCACGACACAGACGCAGCCCCCCAGUUCGUCGCCAGCGGGGCCGUCGCGAGCGUCUGUCUCGGCUCCACCCGCCCCACCACGGCUCGCCCGGCGGCGGUCAGGACGAAAACUAUCGCCACCCUCCUCAUCCUCACUCGCUCCAUCCAUACGGCCAGGCACCACCCCACCCUCCGACCGGCCUGGACGAGCCCCGCGCCUUCCACCCCCCCACUCUGUCGCCACGGUUACUGCACCCACAGCAACAGGGCACCAUGGUGAUGGACCUCCAUGAACAGCUCCCUCAGGGUACAGUCCCGGUAUCAUAUACCGUGUCCCCGGUGCCGCCCCACGGCCUUCCCCCUCCACUUUGUACGGGACAACAUCUCCCAGCAUGCUCCUCUCAGCAGCAGGUGCCUGCCUGCUCCGUCGUCUUCAGCGGCCAGCAACACUACCCAGUCUGCAGCGUCCCGCCUCCGAUGUUACCUGCGUGUUCAGUGCAGCACUUGCCGGUUCCGUACGCGUUUCCUUCUCUUCUCUCCAGUGAUCCAGCGUUUCUGCUUCAUCCUCCACACCUCUCACACCAUCCGCCCCAUCUGCCCCCACCAGGACAGUUCCUGCCCUUCCAGACACAACAGUCACGAUCGCCACUGCAGAGGAUCGAGAAUGAAGUGGAGCUUUUGGGGGAUCACCUUUCUGUGGGGGGCAGUUUUAAUUACCCCCACUCGGGCCACCCCAGCCCCCUGCCCCCAUCCACCCCUCUGCAGUUCCUCUCUCACGAACCCCUUCCCCAGGAGCUCUUCGGAGUGCCAUAUCCUCACUUCAUGCCUCGGCGAAUCACAGGCCGGCGUUAUCGUUCUCAGCAAGCCGUGCCUCCGCCCCCUUAUCACCCUAGCCUCCUCCCCUACUUCCUGUCUGUUCUUCCAAUGCAGCCUACAGCAGUGGGACCUGCCAUCAGCUUAGAGCUGGACGUAGAUGAUGGAGAAGUGGAGAAUUAUGAGGCUCUGCUGAACCUAGCGGAGCGUCUUGGAGAAGCCAAACCGCGUGGUCUGACUAAAGCUGAUAUAGAACAGCUGCCUUCCUAUAGAUUCAACCCCAGCAAUCACCAGUCUGAGCAGACCCUGUGUGUGGUGUGUAUGUGUGACUUUGAGUCUCGACAGCUGCUGCGAGUCCUGCCCUGCAAUCAUGAGUUCCAUGCCAAGUGUGUUGACAAGUGGCUCAAGGCUAACAGAACCUGCCCUAUCUGCCGAGCGGACGCCUCUGAAGUCCAGCGGGAUUCUGAGUGACAAUCCCAGCCCGAUUCACACUCUCUCUCUCACUCACACACACACACACACACACACACACACACACACACACACCACUUUUCGUCCCAGGAUCACAUUGCUCUGUGCAGCCAGCUGGACUCCCAAAUGUCUGAAAUCUCUCAACACACUGGACUUCUCACCCCGUCUCUUGUUGCAUAGAGUCGAAACUUCCUUUCAUAUGCCCCCCCAUCACCACCGGUCACACAUACACUCGACUGUAAAGGUUCAGUGCUGAGCUUCCUUUCGCGCUGUGCUCAGCGUCAUCCAAAACAAGCACAGAUACACAUGUACUCUCAAACACACAUACACCCCUACACAUGUCUCCGGUUGCUAUGGUUAUUAACCCCAUGAGUCCAAAGAUAAUGGUUCGUGUAAAGAUUCUGAUUUUGUUUUCCUUCUUUUUCCUCAGAUUAGGUCACUCCAACCACUGCCAUUUCUCUGAUCAUGUUGUUGUUAUGUUCUUAUUUUUAAUCUCGGGUGGGUACAGGGUGGUCGCGGUCUUCAUUGUAUGUUUGCGUAAGUACAGGAACGUGUGCGUGUGUGCGUGUUCAGAUACGUGUACUAACAUUCCCUAGCAUGUGAGCACACCGGUGGUGUGAAGGUAGCUUGUAAGAGGAAGUGGACAAAUGUGUGCAUGUGCUUUUUAUACUCUACCAAUAAAAAAGUUAUAUAUAAAUAUAUAUAUGUAUGUAUCAAUAUAGAGGGACAGAAUAACACAAUUCAUACAUGUUUUAAAAAAGAAAAGAAAUUGUGUUCUUUUUUUUUCCAAAAAUGAGGAAAAACAUGGCAAAUUGUAUCUAUAUAUAAAGUUGGGCUUUUUUUCGGGUGGGUUUUUUUGCUCAGUUAUGAUCUAGCAGUCUUAUAGAAUUGGAAUACUGUGAGGUGUGUGUGUGUGUGUGUGGGUGUGUGCGCGUGUGCGUGCGUGUUCGUGUGCGUGCGUGCAAGAGUGUGUUUGCACGUGAGUGUUGGCGCAUCAUUGGUUACUCGUGUGUGUUAUUUAUCCUGUAUGUGUGGUACAGAACACUGGCUUAACCGCUCUCACUUCUUCUGUUCUCGUCUCUGAUUGGCUGUCACUAACGAGGCGCGUGAUUGGUUAACGAGGAGCAGUGGGCGUGCUUCAACGUAGCACAAUCGGAUUACGUCGUUUUUCCUGCCCAAACUUUUAGUAUGUCUUUUCUUUCUUUUCCAUUUUUUAUUCAUCUCUCCAUAAUCCUGGAAAAGAAAAAGAAUGAUGUAGUCUUCCUUCCAUAGAAAUCUAUUUUAUUAGCCUUUUUCGUUCUUUUAAUGAAAAUUCCUCUUUAGCCUUCUGCAAACGUGCCACAGAGAGAUCAGGGUGAGUUCUGAAAGUGUCAUAGUUUAAAGGAUUUAAAGGAAUAGUUCAGUCAAAAAAAGCUAAUGUUGCUAACGCUAAAUGAAAACGAACAGCCACCAGUGAUGGUAAAAUCCCAUUUACUGCUGUUCUGCAAACCACAGGUUUCAGACUUUCACCUCUUUGGCGGAACAACAUUCAUGUCUCAGCUCUCAUCCAGUCAGGCUAAGCUAAGCGGCUACAGUGACCACGACAUUGGACUGUAAAGUUCAUGUGAGGUUGCAUUUCUGUUCUUUAUUACUAGAUUAAUUAUACUUUUUUCUAGCCAAAUUAAAGAUGACCGUAUACUGCAUCCAAAACUUUUACUGGACUGUGCUGUUACCUUUUAUUUGACACACUCACACGCUGUCAUUUGCCCCCCCUCCCUACCCCCGAGUCUGCUUCAGAGUUAGGAACCAUCUCAAAAUGGCCUAGUGACACCUUAGCAACCACACUGGGUGCCAUAGUAACAGCCUUCUAACACCAUGGCAACCACCUAAUAUGCCAAAGCAAUGGCCUAGCAGUCACCUGGGAUACCUUUGUCCAGCAAAUUUGUUGCCAUAGUUACCAUUAUUAUUAUUAUUAUUCGUAGUAGUAGUAGUAGUAGUAGUACAUAUAUAAGUAAAUGUGCUGAUGCUUCUGAAAACAUCAGUGAUGUUCUUGGAAGCAUCAGCAGAAAUACCUGCAGAGAUGAUGACAGCAGUACUUCCAGCGACUUUGACUCUGAAGUGGACACGGGGGCAGUGAUGGCUUACAGGUUAAAGCUUAAUGUUUUGUCAAAUUACAGGUAAAGCAGUGCGAAACCAUGCAGUUCUAUUACCGGCACAGGCCUUGCGUAAUCUACUACUGAGCAUUAUGCAGAUUACACCACGCUAACUGGUAUCACUUUCCUUCUUUUCACUGUUAGCCACAUUAGCACCUUUGAUCAAGCCGUUCCUUUUAAACUGUGAUGCUUUUAGAGAAGCUGAGUGAUGAACUCAAGCAGAAAGAGAGUCAAAAGAGGAAAACGGAGGAGUCCAAUUUACAUUUCUUCCCCCCAAGACUUUCAAAAACGUCUCCCCUUUUUUACGUUUAGCACAGGAUCACCACUGACUCAGCACUUAACGCACACUCAGUGAGGAGUAGUUUGUUGAGAAUGCAUGCGCACUCAAGGAUCACUUUAAGGUCGCCGUGAUGAAUCUUCAGUCGGGUAGCACAGGUGGGGGUGGGCGUGUAAAAUGAACAGGUAAAGGCACGUAGAGGGAACGAAUGUCCAAAAAGCACACAGAAUCUGUACACUACAAAGCAGGGAAGGAAUCCCCCAAAUUAGCAUGUCAGGCCUUUUAUUCUGGUUUCUUCUCCCUUCCUCCUCUCUUUCUUUCUCUCAGAAAGGAUGUCUUUCCUUAGAGAAUAAAAUUUCUGCAUAAUUAAAUGGUUGAGAUGUAAACAGUGUCAUUCAGAGUGGUUUGAUGUGAAAUGCUUCAUUCUAGAGAAUCUUACCCACUCUUGAUCUCUGCAGUGGUGGUGAUGGGAACCAGAGGUUGCGAUUUCUACAGCACAAAUAUAGCCAUUUCACUUACUAUCCAAAACCACCAGUGAACCUACACGUUUUCUGAGUUUUAUAUGUAGUGUUGGUGACCUCUCCACCAUGAGUGGGCAUUUUAGACCAACAUUUAUCUAAUAAUGUCAUAACAGUGUUUGACAUCAGGCAGCGUGUUCAUAACCAGUUCAUGUAAACACUUUCAGUGAGGGAGCUUUUAGAGGUGGACGUCUGGUUCCCAUCACCACCACUGUGAACAAUUCUGGCUCCGUAAGUUUCUUUAGAACAGAGCAUUUCACACCAAACCGCUCUGAAUGGCUUGUUUACAUCUCAUCUGAAGUUAUGUUUAGUUAUGCAGAAGUUCCUGUUUACCUUAUCUGUGCUCCGUCCUCAGAUGUGUUCUUUUCUAACAACUGUUGGUGGGUUUACAGAAUAUUCACACAAAUCCCAUCCGAACUAAUGAGAAACUGAAAAAGAGUUUAAAACUCAGUGCUACGCUGCUGAGCUGGACAGUGUUGCUGUGGCUAUGCGACACUAGGUUGUGAAUGACAGUGUUGUUUAAAGUAUUGAUUAAUUGGCCACCAUGCUAACGUCAGCUUGAUAGUGUUGAUCUGUACUAACAGUCCGACUUUUCAUACACAUACAAAAUAAAUAUCAUUUGAAAUUAAGUGUUUUCUAACUAUUUUGACACAGACUGAUUCGUGUGCUGGAGUUACAAUUAGGUUGAAUGAGGCCUUUUUUCAGUCUUGUAACCAUAACGGUUGUCCGACCUAGCAACAGUUGUUAUGAAAGCAUUUGUGGGCGGCAUACAGACGCAUCCUUCUUCCUCUCAAGCUUUCGCUCCUGCAGUCUUUGCCUAGCCUCUCUCUCUCCCCCUCUCUCUCUCUGUCGACUGUGUUGAAUAAAGCCCUCUCAACCUGCCAUAGACGCGUCGUAGGAGCAUCGUAACCAUUUCCAGCAUGUGUGAGACUCACUGCAGACGACUUGCCACUGACUCGACUAGCGCGUGCGAGCGAGCGUGUGUGACUGGAGUGUCAUAAAUGGUUACGAGUGGUGGUAACAGCCACUGUGUCGCACUAUGCAGGCUCUAUGGCUGGGCUGUGUAGAGUCGUAAGGCUUUUGUAGCGUCAGCUUGGAAACCCGUAGUGUCUUAACAGCAGAUGCCUUUCAGCCAUCCUCCAGCGUCUCGUCCAGUUUAGUGUCAUACGUCAUGUCCUCGGUGACCACAGAGUCACGACGCUGACCUCGUGUUCUCAUUGGUCAAUUCGUUCCAGGCACAUUUGGGUCACGUUACUAAACCGUUUUUUUUCUUUCUCCAUUUUUUUUCCUUCCCCUCCUGCUUGGUACAAUAGCAGUUACCUCAUUUUUACUAUUUAUGGUGUUUGUUUUUCUUUUUUUUUCAUUUUGCCUAAACAAAUAUGAGAGCUUCUGAUUUUUUAUGGGUUUUAAUUUGUUUUCCAUUAAAAAUUACAAUUGUAUCAUUUAACACGAUGAUGUAGUUUCAUAUGUAUAAUAUCUGUAACCAAAAUCAUUUGAAGGCUUGAUAUAAAAAUUUUUAACAAACAUUUGUACAUUUUUUAUGAGAGUUAUUACUAGUAACGCUUUACUAAGUAGUGCAAUGAGUUUUUUCCUUUUCUUUGACCCCGAUUCCCAGUCUUUUGGAUUUCAAAGGGUGGUUCAAUAAUAAAUGUAUAAUGUUCUCUUC